AUGUCAUCCUCGGUCAACUCCUUCAACCCCUACGCCCAUGUUCACGACAACCCACAGAGACCAGGGGACCAGCGGUCGACCGCUCCCCAGGUCGUCAGGGACAACGACCGCAUCGGUGUCUUCACCGACAAAGUCGUUCUCGUCAUGGGUGUGACGUCGGGUAUUAGCAUGGAGACUGCUGCGAAGGGGCUGCACGCAACUGGCACGCACGUAUACAUCACGGCGAGAAAUAAGGAGAAGGCGAAGAAGACGGUGGAGUAUAUUAUGAACAUAAGUGAACGGAAGGGGAGGGUUGAUGUGAUUGAGAUGGUGAUGGAUUCAUUGGAGAGUGUAAAGAGUACUGCGAAGGAUUUCCUGGGCAAGAGUGGGAAGUUGAAUAUUCUUGUAAAUAAUGGUGGUAUGUAUCAUGGCGGUCCGGAAUCGGGAUCGAAAGACGGGUUUGAAAUGCAGUUUGCGGUUAAUCAUCUCGCACAUUUUGCUCUCACCGCGCUCUUGCUUACCAAGAGUUCAAAUUCUCAAUUCAAUUCCCGCGUCGUGUUUGUUUCAUCGUCGUCCCAUCGGCACAGUUCGACAACCAACCACAUCGACCGUCUAUACCGUAACCAGAGUGUUCACGCGUUGUCGUUAAACCCGGGUGGGGUGUGGUCAGAGUUGCAAAAGGUCGCGACACCUGAGCAGAUCAAGGUUUGGAAAGAGGAUAAGGCAAUUGGGCUGUUGAUGUAA